AUGAUAAUAAAAUAUUUACAAUUGAAGGUAAGUCAAACAAAUGAAGAUAAGGAAUCGGUAAACCGAAUUGUCGGGGGCAGAGCAGCCCACGCAGGUGAAUUUCCCCAUCAAGUGUCCUUGCAAAUUCGAUCAAGGCACAUUUGCGGUGGAGCUAUUAUUGGAAGGAAGUGGAUUUUAACAGCUGCUCAUUGCGCAAUCGAUAAUAAUAUUGUGGUAAAAGCAGGAAAGUACAACAUCAAGGAAUCCGAAGUUACCGAGCAAACACGACGUGUAGAAAAUAUGUUUGUGCAUGAAUUUUAUUCGGGGCCCGUGAAACCGUACGACAUAGCCUUGCUGGAGCUCGCGAGUCCUUUGAGGUUCAACGAGUAUGUACGUGAAAUCGAGUUGCCAUCCGAAGGCAGCGAGCCAUCAGAAAGCGCCGUUCUGUCCGGCUGGGGCUCAAUUUCCAGAACGAAGAAGCGGAUCCUACCCAGUUACUUGCAGACCGCCCGGAUGCCCCUGAUCGACCUCCAGCAGUGUAGGAGGAUGCUCACGGUCGUCGAUCCGAACUCGCCGUUCGAGCUCAGCGCUGACAACAUCUGCACGGGACCGGGACGCGGACUCCUGUCCUCCUGUAACGGUGAUUCCGGCGGACCAUUAAUAGCCAAUAAUCAAGUUAUUGGAAUAACUUCUUGGGGUACCGUUCCAUGUUCCGGUUGUACUCCCUCGGUGUACACCAAAGUAUCAUCUUAUAUAAACUGGAUAAAAGACAUUAUCAAUAAUAAUUGAACAUAUGUUCUUACAAAUAAAUU